AGCUGUUGGAGUGAAAGAAGAGGAGGAAGAGGAGGUGGAUGUUACUGUGGAGGAAGAGAAACAAGACAGUGCCGCUUUGGGAGUGAAAGAGGAGGAAUUGACUGUCACAGUGAAAGAAGAAGAUAUUUUCAGAGUGAAAGAGGAGGAGGAUGCCGUCUUUGGAGUGAAGGAGGAGGGGAGAUUACUGUCACAUGGGAGGAGGAGGAGGAAGAGAUUGGAGAUAUAAUUAACACCACAGGAGAAAGACCAGACACCCACUCUGACAGCAGGAACAGUCCUUCAGGGGAACCAGACCCAGAGACGCCCAAACCAGCGAGACCACAUCACUGCUCCCGCUGUGGAAAGAGUUUUACUAAGUUACGGAAUCUAAAAGAGCAUGAGAGGACACACACAGGAGAAAAGCCUUACCAAUGUUCCCAGUGUGGAAAGAGUUUUACCGUGUUAACUAACCUGAAAAGGCAUGAGAGAAUACACACAGGAGAAAAGCCUUACCAAUGUUCCCAAUGUGAAAAGAGUUUUACUGUGUUAGUUAACCUGAAAAGACAUGAGAGAAUACACACAGGAGAAAAGCCUUAUCAAUGUUCUCUGUGUGGCAAGAGUUUUACCCAGUUAAGGUCCCUGAAAAGGCAUGAGAGAGUACACUCUGGAGAGAAGCCUUAUCAAUGUUCCCAUUGUGGAAGAAGUUUUAGGUCGUCUGCAAACAUGAAGGAGCAUGAGAGGACACACACAGGAGAAAAGCCUUUCCAAUGCUCACAUUGUGGAAAGAGUUUUACCCAUCUAGUGAGCCUGAAAAGACAUGAGAGAAUGCACACAGGAGAAAUGCCCUACCAAUGCUCACAUUGUGGAAAGAGUUUUUCCCAAUCAGCAAAACUGAAAAGACAUAAGAGAAUGCACACUGGAGAGAAGCCUUUCAAAUGCUCCCAUUGUGGAAAGAGUUUUACCCAAUCAGGGGGCCUGAAAAAGCAUGAGAUAGAGAAGAAGCUAUGUUCUUUAUGUUCUUGACUGAGAAUGUGUUUUUGUUAAUGACAACUUCAAUAAAACCUAAUAAAAAUAUA